AUGGAGGCUGUGUACCUGGUGGUGAACGGGGUGGGCCUGGUGCUGGACGUGCUGACCUUGGUGCUGGAUCUGAACUUCCUGCUGGUGUCCUCCCUCUUGGCCUCCGUGGCCUGGCUCCUGGCCUUCGUCUACAACCUGCCGCACACCGUGCUCACCAGCCUCGUGCACCUGGGCCGCGGCGUCCUGCUGUCGCUGCUGGCCUUGAUGGAAGCCCUGAUGCGGCUCACCUUCGGGGGCUUCCAGGCGCUGUGGACCCUGCUGCACGGCUGCUGCUCCAGCCUGGAGAGCCUGAAGCUGCUGGGGCACCUGGCCUCGCACGGGGCCUGGAGGAGCCGGGACUUCCUGCACCGGGGCCUCCUCCAUGUGGUCUCCAGCGGCCACACACUGCUGCGCCAGGCCUGCGACGUCUGCGCCAUCGCCAUGAGCCUGGUGGCCUACGUGAUCAACAGCCUGGUCAACAUCUGCCUCAUUGGCACUCAGAACCUCUUCUCCCUGUUGCUGGCCCUGUGGGACGCCGUGAUGGGGCCGCUGUGGAGGAUGACGGACGUCAUGGCCGCCUUCCUCGCGCACAUUUCCAGCAGCGCUGUGGCCAUGGCCAUCCUCCUCUGGACACCAUGCCAGCUAGCAAUGGAGCUCCUGGCCUCGGCUGCCCGCCUCGUGGCCAGUUUUGUGCUUGUCAAUCUCACUGGCCUGGUGCUGCUGGCUUGCGUGCUGGCGGUGACGGUGACCGUGCUGCACCCGGACCUCACCGUGAGGCUGGCCACCCAGGCCCUCGGUCAGCUCCACGCCCGCCCGUCCUACCACAGGCUUCGAGAGGACGUCACGCGGCUGUCUCGCCUCGCACUGGGCUUGGAGGCUUGGCACCGAGUCUGGAGCCGCAGCCUGCAGCUGGCAAGCUGGCCGAAUUGGGGAGGGGCACCUGGGGCUCCCCAGGGUGGCCCUAGAAGGGUGCCUGCAGCCAGGACCUCGCAACAGGCCACUCUUCCAGAAGCAGGGCCCAGACCGGAGGCAGGAGAGGAAGAAGGUAGAAUGGCCAGAGUGGCCGCUGCCCGGGGCAGGGAGCGGCUCAGCGAGGAGCCGGGAGCCGGGCAGGACCCGUGGAAGCUGCUGAAGGAGCAAGAGGAGCGGAAGAAGUGCGUCAUCUGCCAGGACCAGAGCAAGACCGUGCUGCUGCUGCCCUGUCGGCACCUGUGCCUCUGCCAGGCCUGCACCGAGAUCCUGAUGCGCCACCCCGUCUACCACCGCAACUGCCCGCUCUGCCGCCGCGGCAUUCUGCAGACCCUCAACGUCUACCUCUGA